AUAUAACUAUACUGUAUUAAUAUUAUAUACUACACAUUUGCAUAGGUUUAUAAAUAAAAUGGCAAAACAACCAACAAAACAAAACUAAAAAUGAGCUUAAUUAAUAUUUUCUGUAUUUCUUAACAGUCUCGUAAGUGUGUUUUUGCUUAAGUGUGUUUUUGUCUAUGCUCUAAUUAGAUAGGAUAAAAUUCACAUGAUUACCAAACUGUUGUGUUACCCAACUUUCAAAAAGUCAUGCAGCAAGUCAGAAGGCUACUUCCCCAUCCAGCAACACAAAUACACUACACACGUAACACUAUUUAGUACUAUUGAGUCUACAGUAAGACCACAUUCACAAAAAACACACAUGCAUGAAAGUGUUUAAAUUGAAUGAUGCAUGAGGUUUGAAUAAGGGUUAGUCAUGAGCUGGGAGGGGAGACACUAUUGACUGUGUGGGUGACCUGUGGCUGAGAUUUUUCGGGACUGUGGAGAGCAGGGUUAGCUGACUGACAAACAUUUGUGAAACUCAUAGGAGGAGUGGCACAAUAGGAGGAGACAGGAUGUCAGGAUGUGGGGAUGAUUAGCAAUGGGUCAUUGUUUGUGUACUUUGCUGUGAUAUACAAGGUAUGUGAGAGGACAACUCUGUUAAUUCCUCAAUUUUAUCCUCCGCAUGCUUGCUCUUAAAGUCUGUCUGUAGGUCUCUCUCUCUCUCUCUCUCUCUCUCUCUCUCUCUCUCUCUCUCUCUCUCUCUCUCUCUCUCUCUCUCUCUCUCUCUCUGUUUUUCCUCUCACAGUGUUGACUCUGUGGAUGAUAUUGUUUUUGUGGAAUGAAGCGGUAACACAGAAGAGAGGGAAAAUCUGCACUGCUAAAGCCCAGGAGUGGAUCAGAACUGUGCAUUAGUGCAGAACUGUUCAGCCACUGCACACGCAAUUGUCAUAUAAUCUUUUCUACAAUGAUGGACCUGGAGGAAAUUGAUUAUGGCAAUGUCUCUUAUGAAUAUCUUGAGUAUGGGGACUUUGAGGAGAAAGGAGAACCUUAUGUCCAGAAGGAAACUCUGCAUAUUAUUUCCGUGGUGAUCUACAUUUUAGCAUUUGUGAUUGGUAUAAUUGGGAAUGGCAUUGUGAUCUGGGUCACUGCUUUCAAAAUCAAACGGACAACUAAUAGUGUGUGGCUGCAGAACCUUGCUAUUGCAGAUUUUGUGUUUGUCCUUUUCCUACCAUUUUCCAUUGAUUAUGUGCUGCGUGAUUUUAAUUGGAUCUUUGGCUGGACAAUGUGCAAGCUGAACUCUUUUGUGUGCACAGUAAACAUGUAUGCUAGUGUGCUGUUCCUCACUGUGCUCAGUCUGGACCGUUACAUUUCUCUCGUGCACCUUACUUGGUACCAAAGGUUCCGUACCGUGCGAAGGGCCUGGAUUAUCUGUGCAUUGACCUGGGUGAUGUCCAGCCUCCUAAGCAGUCCAGCACUAAUAUUUAGAGAAACACUACAGUAUAGCGAAAAGGUUGUGUGUUUCAACAACUUCCAUAAUGAGGAUGCACAUGUUAGUAAGGUGAGACACAUUUCUAUGGUGACUCUCCGUGCCACAGUUGGCUUCCUCCUGCCGUUCCUCACCAUCAGUGUGACUGCAAUAUUAUUGACUGGUAAGAUGAGGCAGUUUGGCAAUGUACGCUUCUCCAGCUUCUCUAAAAUGAUCUCAGCAGUUGUCGUGGCCUUCUUCUUGUGCUGGGCGCCAUUCCACACCUUUAGCCUUAUGGAGCUCACGAUGCACCACUCAAUCUUUCUGGGUCAUGUCCUGAAUGUGGGCUUCCCUCUGGCCACCAGUCUGGCUUUCUUCAACAGCUGCAUCAACCCCAUACUCUAUGGUCUGUUGAGUAAGAAUGUGCGGUCAAUUAUCAAGGGUGCCUUCAUAAGCAUUACUAAGAAGUCACUGAGAGAGCUAAGCAACAACCUAUCUGCCACUGAGACUGUUUCACUUCCACCCAGCUGCUCACCUGAAGAACCCUCUGCCUACACUACUGUUUGAAGGACAAGAUCUAAAACAUCAAAGAAUAUUGCACAAGGAUUUUAAACAGAACUCUUUUAUUCAUCCAAGAAGCAAACCAGGGCGUUUUUAUAAUUUGCUUUUUUUGGAACUGGUCUUGUUUGGCUGCCCGUGUAUAAUGACUAUCAACUUCUCAGAGUGGAAAACAUGAGCAACUUGUGUCCCAACCACCUCUCCCAGACUUGGUGAAAGUAGAAACCAAACAUUUUUUCCAUUAUAGCCUGGUGAUGACCCUCAUUACACAAACAAGACACAAUUCAGGAACGAAACUAUAUGUAUUUCUAUAUUUGAAUAAUAUUUGUUUACUUGACAGAAUUGACCACAUGGUUAAUCUUUCAUUUACCAUUGGUUAUUUUUAAAUAAAGAUUUAAUUAAUUAUUGACUUCAAAAUAUCUGAGGUAACUCUCCAGCAUGAUUUCUGUUCUUUUUGCCUGUCAGGUUAGAUGUGGCUCAUGACAAACAAACAAAAAAUUCUCAUGUUUUUGUAUUUAAUUUGAAACAAUAUUUACAGCAUAUUUUAGCCUAUUUUAGCACAUUUGGACUGUUUAUUUUAGAUGUUUAUAAAGAAAUGUAUGAAUAAAAGACAGAAUUUAAAUAUUUUGUAUAAAAUAAUUUUACACUCAAAGAGCAAAUUUUGCUUUGUAGCUGCUGAUUCGCUUUGUCUUAAUAAAUUUACUACUAAAAAUA